AUGGACUAUUCAUCACCAGUAUGGCAAUGGGACUGUCUCCCGCCCUACAACCCUGCGCCUCUGCCGACUCCCGAAUACCUCACAUACGGCGGCGGCGGCUCAUCAUGGUCAUCACCGACCUCGAUGCCCGUCGAUUUCCAACCUGAAGAGCUAGAAGCCUGGUCUUCGAUGUUCAACCCAAGAUUCACAUGGUCCCAACCCCAGCAACAACCCGACCACUUCAUCGACCCUCUCUCCCAAACAAGCCCACAACAACUCCCCUCACCCUGCCGGUCCCGCGCCGAUAGCGCCCUCUCCUCCUCCCGCAGCGCCAUCACCAAGCACCGCCACACCACCACCCACAAGACCAAGCGCCCCUCACCGCGCUCCCCCUGCCACUCGGUGCACAGCAGCCACAGCAGCACAUCCUCCCUCUACACGCCUCUCAGCCGGGCAGCCUCUCAAGAGAGCAGCAGCAGCAGCAUCAUCAUCGACGAACUCAACUCCUACUCCAACGACACACGUCCGCGCUGCUACGACCACGGCUGCGGCGGCAAAGUCUUCUCCUGCGCGGAGAACUACCGGCGCCACAUGCGCGAGCGCGACCGCUCCAGCACGACCCAAUGCCAGCACUGCUCCAUCUCCUUCAGCCGGAAGAGCAACCGCGACACGCACAUUGCCAAGGGCCGCUGCAGGGGUCUCAGCGACGUUCUACGGAAGUCCUCAUGA